UCAUUCUCACUCAAACAAUGAUUAGUACAGCAUAAUAAAAACAUCGAUCAGUAUCAAUAUCAGCACACAACAUAUCCACAUCCAGAGUUUGAGAAUUAUUCUGAUUUUUGAGAAUUGAAGUUCAUAGAACUAAUGGCUUUUAGAGGGUUUGCCUUGUGUCUAGUUGCGGUCAUAGUGGCCACUAUGUGGAGUCAAAAUGCUGCCCAAUCGGGUUGCACCAAUACACUAACAAGCUUAAGCCCUUGUCUGAACUACAUAAUGGGAAGUUCUUCAACCCCAUCAGCUUCAUGCUGCUCACAGCUCUCAAGCAUAGUCCAAUCUUCACCACAGUGCCUUUGCUCCGUGCUCAAUGGUGGAGGUUCCACUUUUGGAAUUACCAUUAACCAAACUCUUGCUCUGUCUCUCCCUGGCGCUUGUGAAGUACAAACUCCCCCUGUUAGCCAGUGCCAAGCGGGCAAUGGACCAACAACUCCUUCGACUGCUCCAGUUGGUUCUCCUUCUGGUUCUUCAGCUGAAUCACCUCAAGGCUCAAUUACUCCUUCUGCUUUAGACUUUCCCUCAGGUGCAGGAUCUAAAACUGUGCCAUCAAUAGACGGUGGUUCAUCUGAUGGAAGCGCUAUUAAAGUCCCCUUCCACUUGGUGCUCUAUCUUCUUGCCCUUGUGUCUUGUGCCUUAACCUUCACCAAGUUCUGAUUAUUAUUUUGAGUCAACAGAGAUUUGAGUGCUGAAAUUUUAUGUUUACCGUUUGCUGCCGUAGAAGAUAUAUAUUUGUUAUUGUAUAAAUAAAGGAAUAUUGUUGAAUACAUGCAUUUGAUAUGAAGUUACUUGUUCGUGCUGA